AUGGACACCAUGUACAUGAUUGCGCCCCAGUCGUAUGGCUAUGCCAACAACGAGGUCGCUCAACCUCCUCCUCCCACACCCUUCCGCCCCAACGGCCAGCCCGUCGAGCACGACACGGUGCCGUCGUCCUUUUUCCACGCGGCUCCGCCCUCGCAGACCGAUGACUGGGACAUGCAAUCCCUCGUCGCGUCUUGCGAGAGGCACCAGCUCGCCGCCGCGGACCGCGGCGCCCACCCCCCCUCGCCCAUCACCUUCUCUCCCGCGCCGCCCUCCCUGACCUCGGAGCCAGCGGCGACGGCGUUUCCGACCGUGCGCUUCCCUCCCUCGUCGCCCUCCCCGAUGAGGGCAUACCGAGAUGCUGUCCUGGUCGCCGAGGCCACGGACAAGGCGGUCGCAGACCGCGAGGUCGCCAUCAAGAACAUGGAGGCGAAGCACCUCGGGGCAGAGCGUGACGCUCUCGUCACCCAGCACCAGGCGACGCUCGCCCAGCACCAGGCGACCCUCGCCCAACACCAGGCGACGCUCGCCGAGGUCAAGGGCGAGUACGCCCGCGUUCAUGCCUCGCGCGCCAGGGCCAGGGCCAGGCUCGACGCAGCGGAGCUCAACACUGCCCGCCUCCGCGAGGCCUUGGACGCUCGUGACACUGAGCUCGCCGCGGCCACCGCCACCAACGGUGCCCUCUGCGCGCGGGUCGCCGACCUCGAGGCUGAGCUCGCGGCCGCCCGCGCUGCGGGCGACGACGACGAUGACGACGACGACGACGACGAGCGCGACUCGGCCUACGUCGCGCGAAUCAAGAGGCAAACAAAAGCCUUGUUUGUCACGGGCAUCGGCAGGGUGAUCCGCAGGCCCCACUUCAACUUGCUCCGCCUGUGGGGCCAAAAGAAGACGAACGUGUCCCUCAUCCUGCCGUACGAUGCCACGGACAUCGUGACAAAGAUCUUCGACGACGACGAGGAGCCUUCCCUCCUUUUCGAGGGUGAUCCAACAAGGCCCCGCAAUGUCAAGAUCCACAUCUUCGGUGACGGUGUACGCAAGUACACCUUCACCUACAGUGACUGCGCGAAGUUCGGCGCCCGCCGUUCCAACGAGCGCACGUGCGUCCAGUCGCUGGAGGAGGUGUGCAAGAAGCUCGUCGAAAUCGACAGCCUCACCGCCGCCGAGAUCGACGCUGGCAGGCGCGACAGCGCCCAGAGGGUCGCCAGAUAG